AUGGAGAGCCCGAGUCCAUCGCCCAGCCCUGUGCCGUCGAAAGAGGUUGCAAUAGCGUCAAAGGAGUCUGUAACGGAUUUAUGUGAAGACGGCCGGUUUGGCAUUGCUUGGAACUAUGGACCAAGCGGCCCAGUUGGAGAUGAUAUUGGACGAGUCGGAAGCCGUAAUGAAGUUGCAAUAGCGUCAAAGGAGUCUGUAACGGAUUAUGUGAAGACGGCCGGUUUGGCAUUGCUUGGAACUAUGGACCAAGCGGCCCAGUUGGAGAUGAUAUUGGACGAGUCGGAAGCCGUAAUGAAGUUCAUCACCGAUCCGCAGACCCAAGUAUUGGUUGUCGAUCGGACAGUCCAUCGAGAUCAGUCCGGAGAUACGGAUACAGGGGAUGAGAGUGAAUCGGUUGUUGCGGUGUUCACAGUACGUAACGAUGUCCUUUAUCGUACGGAUAAAAGUACGUCGAUCGUGUAUAUGAAGAGAGGCGGCAUACUAGAGGCCGAUAAGCCGAUUGCAGAUCAAUUAAGGGUGAUAGUGUUGAAUGAGGGCAACCCCUAUGAGACAUUGUUUUCACUAAUCGGCAAGGCAGUUACUCCCUAUUUCAAGUCAUUCAUAAAAGAGAGCGGUCGAGGUGAACGUGAUGGUGACAAACUGGCACCAACUGUUGAGAAGAAUCUCAAUGAGGCUGAGGUGGCGUUGCUACAUCUUCAACAAAACAUUGACAUUCCUGAAAUUAACCUUGUAAUCAAUCCUCAUAUCCAAGCCGCAAUACAGAAAGCUAGCAAAGAGGGCAGAAAAGCGAAGGUAACCGAUUUGGGCGAUCUCGUUGAAGAUGCACAAUUUUUAAACAGUCUUCAGUCUGGAGUGAAUAGAUGGAUCAAGGAAAUACGGAAGGUGACAAAAUUGGAACGUGAUCCCGGCUCAGGCUCAUCACUUCAAGAAAUGACUUUUUGGCUCAACUUGGAGCGUGCCUUACAGAAAAUUCUUCAGAAAAGAGAAUCUGAAGAGGUCACACUAACCCUUGAAGCGCUUAAAUGUGGAAAAAGAUUUCAUGCGACAGUCUCGUUCGAUACGGAUACAGGUUUGAAGCAAACGCUGGCCCUAGUGACCGAUUACAACUCUCUAAUGAAGGAUUUCCCAUUGAAUGAAUUGGUAUCGGCUUCCGAUUUGGACUCGAUCAAAAUUGCUCUGGGUAACGUCUUCGGGCAUAUGAAGAAGAUUAGAGCUACUAAGUAUCCAGUUCAACGUGCUUUGAGGUUUAUUGAAGCAAUUUCGCGUGACAUGAAUGGACAAAUACUAAAGGUACUCGGUACUCGUCGUCUAAUGCAUAUUUCUAUUGUCGAAUUUGAUCAACUUAUGAUGCAAUGUAUACAGUUAUUCAAUAAGUGGGAUGAUGAAUAUGACAGACAGCACGAACAACUUCGAGUGGUGAUUGCUCGUGUUCUCCGCCCGGCUGGAACGCCAUCCACCGAAUCUCAACCAGAAACUCAGUCACACGGCGGUGAAAUGACCCCAGUGGACCAGGUUAACCUGGCAUACGAGUUUGUCAAAGAAGUGGAUUGUCUGGACGUGAGCAUUGAAGGCACCACGGCUUGGGAUGCUGCCCAGCGCAGGUAUGAAGAGCAGAUUGCCCGCGUUGAAACUGCGAUUACAUCGAGGCUCAGGGAUCAACUGGGCUCAGCUCGCAAUGCAAACGAAAUGUUCAGCAUCUUCAGCCGUUUCAAUGCGUUGUUCUGCCGUCCACAAAUCCUUGGAGCGGUUCGCGAGUACCAAACUCAGCUAAUCCAGAGAGUGAAGGAGGAUAUCGAGAGGCUGCAGGCUAAAUUCACGAAACAUUACGCUGAAAAGCGUGGCGAAAUUCUGACGCCGACGUUCGACAUACCACCAGUGUCGGCGAACAUUAUUUGGAUUCGACAGAUUGAACGUCAACUAACCCUGUACAUGCAGAGAGUCGCAUCAGUUCUAGGAACAGGCUGGGAGAACCACGUACUCGGUACUCGUCGUCUAAUGCAUAUUUCUAUUGUCGAAUUUGAUCAGCUUAUGAUGCAAUGUAUACAGUUGUUCAAUAAGUGGGAUGAUGAAUAUGACAGAUUUAUCGCUCUCCUUCGUGAUAUAUCAAAAAAGAAACGCGACGAACCUGUGAAACUUAUGUGGAAGGUGUUGCCCCUGCACAAGAAGCUCGAAGGACGUCUUGUUCAGAUAAAGGCGUUCAGAAAACAGCACGAGCAACUUCGAGUGGUGAUUGCUCGUGUUCUCCGCCCGGCUGGAACGCCAUCCACCGAAUCUCAACCAGAAACUCAGUCACACGGCGCCCGCCAAUUGAAGUCGGAGGCUGAUAACUUCCGCAAAGUACUCGAUACGCAACCGUUGUUCGAAAAUUGGGUGGAGCAAGUCUUAGCGAAAGGAACGAAUAUGCCCGGGCGUGUUUUCGUCAUUGACAGACGAUCUAAAGACGGAAAACCUCAUCUGCAUCUUAAAGUCAACUUUAGUCCGGAAAGCAUUGUGUUACACAAGGAGGUAUCCUCUAGUUUCUCUUUUUUGUGUGUUCCAUCAUGUUUUUUAUUUAUCACUGUGCGUCUUUCUACAUCCGUUGUCAUAAUCAUCAUGACCUACGAGUCAAUUAACGAGCGGCUUGCGCAAAAGACUGGAAUAGACACGUUGAUUGCAAGCUACAAGAAGGACAUACAGUCGCAAAUUGCUGAUGGCUAUCAGUUGAAUUGGGAGUCCUACAAGAUUGAUCCGUACGUCACUAAACUUGCUGACACGGUCAACAACUAUCAGGAGCGGGUUGAAGACCUGAUUCUCAUUGCUGACAAUAUCGAAGUUGAUUUGGCGGCAUUGGAUACAUGUCAGUAUAACGCUGUCACCAUUGGUGCGCAAUUGGCUUCUAUUCAAAAAAUUGAAGCAAAGUUGGCCGCUCGUGUCGAAGAGGCUAUCCGUCUGUGGACACUUGUCUAUUCAGCAAGUGAAGAAGUGGAUGAAUACAAAGAAAGUAACGUAGCCCUUCCGCCGGUACAUCCCGUUCUAAUAGAGAUUCGUCUCACCGCUCAAACCAUCUACAUCAGUCCAUCAAUAGAACAAGCGAGAGCCAAGUUGCUUGAACAGUUAGUGGAAUGGCAUGCAGUUGUUACGAGUCAACCACGAAUCAGCAGUACUCGGUUCCAGCUGGCAAUGAAUCGCGAUUUGAACGUAGCUACAUACAAGAACAUUCUUAGUCGUUUACCUAAUGGACUAGGGGUACUCGAAAAGGCCUAUACUACAGUGGACCGUAUUUUGAGGGAGGUUGACGAGUAUGUGAAUGAAUGGCUUCGUUACCAAGCACUAUGGGAUCUUCAAGCGGAGAUGCUGUAUGAAAGGCUCGGCACCGAUUUGUCGAAAUGGAUGAAGACCCUUGUGGAAAUAAGGAAAAGUCGAAGCACCUUCGACACCCAGGAUACAAAGAAGGAGAUAUUCCCAGUGAUAGUCGAUUAUGCUAAAGUGCAGUUGAAAGUCACGUUGAAGUACGAUUACUGGCACAAGGAAGUCCUUCAAAAGUUCGGUACUGCUGUAGGAAAUGAAAUGCAGCAGUUCUUCGGAAAUAUCUCAAAGUGGCGCGAGGAGUUAGAAUCACAGGGUGUUGAUUCUGGUACGACAACCGAUGCUGUGGCACUCAUCACUUAUGUGCAGACGUUGAAGAAACAGACUAAAGUUGGACAAGAGACGGUAGAUCAGUUCCGAGCUGCGCAACGAUUGCUGUCGCAGCAACGUUACCAGUUCCCUGCUCAGUGGUUGUAUGCUGAGAAUGUCGAGGGCGAAUGGUCAGCGUUGACGGAAAUUCUCCUUCGAAAGGAUUCCUCGAUACAGUCUCAAGUCAAUAACCUGCAAACGAAAAUUCGCGAAGAAAAUGAGAUGGUGGAGAAACGUACACAAGAGACACUGUCUGAGUGGGAGCGUGCAAAACCAGUCGAAGGAGCACAAAGGCCAAAUGAGGCUCUUGCAGCUCUCAAUACCUUCGAACAAAAGAUUGCGAAGUUGUCGGAGGACCGUGAAAAAAUGCGCCGAGCUCGCCAUGCGCUUGAUAUGGCCGAUCCUGCUGGAGUUCCUGUAGACGCUGACAAAUUAGCCAUUGCCGCGGAAGAAUUGGCUGACCUGAAGGGAGUAUGGCAAGCACUGACUCCAAUCUACACGUCGAUUGACGAAAUGAAGGAGAAGACAUGGCUAUCGGUUCAACCACGCAAAUUGCGUCAGUCCCUUGAUGAGCUCAUGAAUCAGCUGAAACAUCUGCCAGUGAAAUACAAAAGCUACAAAAGCUACGAGUACGCCAAGCAGAUGAUGCACAACUAUUCGAAGAUGAACAUGCUAGUUAUGGAACUGAAAUCUGAGGCACUGAAAGAACGCCAUUGGCGGCAAAUGAUGAAGGAACUGCGAGUAACCUGGAAUCUGUCUGAUCUGACCCUUGGACAGGUCUGGGAUGCUGAUCUGCAACGUCAUGAGCAUGCAAUCAAGCAAAUUUUACUGGUGGCUCAAGGAGAACUUGCCCUGGAGGAGUUUUUGAAGCAGAUGAAAGACUUCUGGCAAUCGUACGACGUCGAGCUGGUUAAUUACCAGAAUAAGACCAGACUUAUCAAAGGUUGGGACGAGUUGUUCAAUAAAUUGAAGGAGCACCAAAAUUCUUUGGCUGCGAUGAAGCUGUCACCGUACUACAAGCAGUUUGAAGAGAAUGCCCUCUCCUGGGAAGAGAAGCUGAAUCGUAUAAGUGCUAUGUUUGACGUAUGGAUUGAUGUGCAGCGUCGUUGGGUGUACCUGGAAGGACUGUUCUCUGGUUCAGCCGAUAUUGCCACAUUGCUGCCUAUUGAAAGUGCACGAUUCUCAAGUAUCUCUACGGAAUUCUUGGCGUUAAUGAAGAAAGUCACGCAGUCGCCGCGUAUCCUUGACGUGGUCGGUAUGCAAGGAGCACAGCGUCUUCUUGACAGACUUGCGGAUAUGCUAUCGAAAAUUCAAAAAGCUCUUGGAGAGUAUCUGGAGAGGGAGAGAGCAUCAUUCCCACGCUUUUACUUCGUGGGAGAUGAAGAUCUGCUCGAGAUUAUGGGUAACAGCAAGGAUAUAACACGUCUACAGAAGCAUCUCAAAAAGAUGUUCGCUGGAGUGACAGCUAUUGAUGUUGGAGAGGAGGAUCGCAUAUCGCUCAUACAUUUUGCGAAGUUGGACAUUGAUACGGUAACCCCCGACGAGUAUAUGGAAUGGCUAGAUAAGUACCCGGCUCAAGUCAUCGGACUGACUGCUGAGAUCUGGUGGAGUAAUCAGAUGGAGAUUGUGCUUUCUGACAACAAGGGUGUGGAAUCGGUUGAACAAGCGAUCACGGAAUUUGUACAUAAAAGGGAUACAUGUAGAAGGCUCACUGCCGAUGAAGUGAAGAGUCAAUCUGAUUUUGGUUGGCUGCAGUGCAUGCGCUUCUAUUUCGAUCCGAAACAGCCAGAUGCCGCACGUUGUUGUGUUGUGAAGAUCGCGAAUGCGCAGUUCUACUAUGGAUUCGAGUAUUUGGGAAUUCAAGAAAGGCUUGUUCGUACUCCACUGACCGAUAGAUGCUAUUUAACCAUGACUCAGGCUUUGCACUCAAGACUUGGUGGCUCUCCAUUCGGCCCAGCCGGUACAGGAAAAACCGAGUCCGUGAAGGCACUUGGUCAUCAGCUUGGACGAUUCGUAUUAGUGUUUAACUUGCGACGAGACGCAAUGGGUCGUAUUUUGGUUGGUCUAUGUCAAGUUGGUGCCUGGGGAUGUUUCGAUGAGUUCAAUCGUUUGGAAGAGCGUAUGCUGUCUGCUGUGUCGCAACAGAUUCAAACAAUACAGGAAGCCGUUCGUGCGGGUGGUGAAAUGACUGUUGACUUGGUUGGAAAACGGCUGAACGUGAAUUCGAAUAUUGGCAUUUUCAUCACCAUGAAUCCUGGCUAUUCUGGAAGAUCGAACUUGCCUGAUAAUUUGAAACAGUUGUUCCGAAGCUUGGCCAUGACCCAACCCGAUCGGCAGCUUAUCGCGCAAGUUAUGCUCUUCUCGCAAGGGUUCCGUACUGCAGAGUCUUUGCAAAGAGCAGCUCUUCGUCUCAAUGUCACUACGACUUUGGUCUUCUACGUCUUGGUGUCGGCAGGAAAUGUAAAACGUGAUAAGCUCGCUAAGAUGGGAUCAGCAGCACUGGAAGACGUGGCAGAGCAACAGAUGCUCAUCCAAUCUGUCUGCGAGACGUUGGUGCCAAAACUCGUGAGCGAAGACAUUGCCCUACUUUUCUCGCUGCUGUCCGAUGUCUUCCCGUCAAUUCACUAUACACCCAACCAGAUGAUUGAGUUGCGUCAGCAUAUCGCUCAAGUGUGUGACGAACUCAUGCUAUGUCACGCCGAUGUCACUGGUGAAUUGGGAGCGGCCUGGAUCGAGAAAGUGUUACAACUUUACCAGAUCACCAACCUCAAUCAUGGUCUCAUGCUUGUCGGCCCUAGUGGAAGUGGAAAAACGACUGCAUGGAAGGUGCUACUGAAGGCUCUAGAGCGUUUCGAGAAGAUCGAAGGUGUAGCACAUGUCAUUGAUGCGAAGGCGAUGAGCAAAGAUGCUUUGUACGGUGUGCUUGAUCCGAAUACUCGUGAAUGGACAGAUGGAUUGUUCACAUCGGUGAUCAGGAGGAUAAUUGAUAACGUCCGCGGUGAAAGCGAGAAGCGCCAAUGGAUAAUCUUUGACGGAGAUGUGGAUCCAGAAUGGGUUGAGAAUUUGAACUCAGUCCUUGACGACAAUAAACUUCUCACUCUGCCAAAUGGAGAGCGUCUUGCGAUUCCACCAAAUGUGCGCAUCAUAUUCGAAGUCGCUGACUUGAAAUACGCUACUUUGGCUACAGUGUCUCGUUGUGGUAUGGUAUGGUUCAGUGAUGAGGUCAUAACAACAGAGAUGAUGUUUGAGCACUACCUAUCUCGCUUGCGCAACGUAUCUAUUGAGAGCGAUGCAGUGAUUGCCGAAGAUGCAGCUCCAACUCGCUCGGUUACCAUUCAGAGGCAGUGUGCUGCGUCAUUGCAGUCCCACUUCUCUCCAGGUCGACUGCUGUCAUCGUUCUUUGCCAUGAUGAACUAUUCCGUUCGCUGUGUCAUCAAUCACGACGCUAGUCAAGGAGAUUUCCCUCUUACAGCUCCACUUAUUGACUUUGAAGUGCAAAUGAGUGGUGAAUGGCAACCGUGGUUGAGCCGUGUUCCUGUGAUGGAGAUCGAAGCUCACCGAGUAGCUGCCGCUGAUCUCGUCGUACCAACCAUUGACACUGUACGUCACGAAAUGCUGCUAUCUGCAUGGCUAUCUGAACACAAACCGUUGGUUUUGUGCGGGCCACCUGGUUCGGGAAAGACAAUGACCCUGCUUGCCGCCUUACGGUCACAGCAAGACAUGGAUGUGGUGAACGUUAACUUCUCCUCGUCAACCACACCAGAGCUAUUGAUGAAGACGUUCGAUCACUAUUGCGAAUAUCGCCGUACUCCCAAUGGCAUUGUUUUGGCACCCGUCCAACUGAGCAGAUGGUUGGUGAUAUUCUGUGACGAGAUCAACUUGCCGGCUCCGGACAAAUACGGUACUCAACGUGUGAUCAGCUUCUUGCGACAACUUGUGGAAAUGAAUGGUUUCUAUCGUGCAUCGGAUCACUCUUGGGUGUCGCUAGAGCGCAUCCAAUUUGUGGGUGCCUGUAACCCACCCACAGAUCCUGGCCGUCACCCAAUGACGUUACGUUUCCUGCGUCAUGUUCCUGUGGUCUAUGUUGACUAUCCGGGACAGACUUCGCUAUUGCAGAUUUAUGGAACCUUUAAUAGAGCUAUGCUCAAAACGGUGCCAGCAGUUCGUGGUCUGGCCGAUCCUCUCACUAACGCUAUGGUUGAUGUCUAUUUGGCCAGUCAGGAACACUUCACUCAAGACGAUCGGAACCUCACAUUAUGUGGUAUUCGCCGUGCGUGGGCUGACUCGAUGGUUCGUGAAUCUGUGAAGCGAUUGGCCCACGCUGGCGACGGAAUGCAGUCCACUGAUCACAUCGACUCGUUACCGAACCGGAGCGCGAAUGGACCGAUGAGCUGGUCGAUUCAACAGCAGAGAAAGUACUUCGGGGGCGCUUGCAAUAUCAAGGAGUCGCUACGUCGGCCACUUCUUUACUCAUGCUGGUUGUCGAAACAUUACGUACCUGUCACAAGAGAUGAGCUCAAGGAUUACGUCACAGCGAGACUCAAGGGCUUCUACGAGGAAGAACUUGACGUACAGCUGGUUCUGUUCGAUCAAAUGCUCGAUCAUGUACUACGUAUUGAUCGAAUCUACCGUCAACCUCAAGGCCAUCUCCUGCUCAUUGGUACUGCAGGAGCUGGAAAGACCACUUUAUCGCGAUUUGUGGCGUGGCUGAAUGGAUUGAGUGUGUUCCAGCUUAAAGUCCACUCCAAAUACACGGCUGCCGAUUUUGAUGAAGAUAUGCGUACGGUAUUGCGACGAGCUGGUUGCCGUAAUGAGAAGAUGUGCUUCAUCAUGGACGAAUCAAAUAUGUUGGACACGGGAUUCUUGGAAAGGUUGAACACGCUGUUGGCCAACGGAGAGGUGCCGGGUCUGUUCGAGGGUGAUGAGCCAUACAACACUUAUGACUCAGAUCAAAGGAGGGAGCUCAGCGACAAGGCUUGA